UGAGAAAUUUGCCUAUUGAAAUAAAACUUAAAAUUCUUAAAUAUUUUGAUUUUGAUGAUUUAUUUUCACUUAAACAAACAAAUAGACAUUUCCGAAAUUUAAUUGUUAAAUACGAGGAUGAUUUGGCACGUAAAAAACAUAGAAAUUGAAUGUCAAGAAUAUAUGCCAAAUUCUGUAAUAAUUGACCUUCCAUUAACCAACCAAUUUUUGGAUAAGGCGAAAAGGUUCGCAGAUUACGAGUGCGAUGGUUUGACGUACAAAAAGUGGAAAUCAGCAAUUGCUAGACAAAUUCCACUUUAUUUAAUUAUUAACGAAAAAUUUUCUCCACUAAAUAAAAAAAUAGCCUUAUCAAUAGGUUAA